CAGCCCCUUGUGCAUCCACCACCAUGGCAGAGCAGCAGAAACGCGGCGCGUUCAUCGUCCUCGAGGGCCUCGACAGGUCAGGAAAGAGCACCCAGGCUGCCAUGCUCGUCGACCGCCUCAAGCAGGAGGGCGUCGAUGUCAAGCUCAUGAGGUUCCCCGACCGCUCGACGCCGAUUGGCAAGAUGAUUGAUUCUUACCUCCGCUCGCAUUCUGAGCUCGACGACCACGCCAUCCACCUCCUCUUCUCCGCAAACCGCUGGGAGUUUGCGUCCACCAUCUCGGCUACACUGAAGGCGGGUACGACCAUCGUCUGCGACCGCUAUGCCUUCUCCGGGAUCGCCUUCUCGUUCUGCAAGCCGUCCAAUAUGCCGUACGAGUGGUGCCGCGCGCCCGACGUCGGCCUGCCCGCACCGGACCUCACACUCUUCAUCGACGUUGGGCUGGACAUGGUGAGGGCGCGCGGCGGCUUCGGCGAUGAGCGCUACGAGACGGAGGAGGUGCAGAGCAAGGUCAAGGAGGUGUUCGAGCGGAUCGGCGAGGAGAUGGGCAUGGGGCUCCUCACGGAGGGUGGCUGGGUCGUCGUCGAGGGCGACUUCGAGAAGGAUAGUGUGGCGGAUGUCAUUUGGGAUUGGGUCAAGCCCCUCAGCGGCGGUGUGUCAAAAGCGCUGAGGACGCUCUGGGACGAGCAGGAAAAUAAGGAGCGCAAUGAUCAGCUGUAUAUCUGAGGUGAUGGGGCAGAACUUUCGCGGGAUAUACAAAGAAGUAAUACAGAGAUGUACAACGAGCAAUCACAGCAUAUGCCGUGAGCGAACAAGCAGAAG